AUGGUGUUGAGCACUCCAGCUCUCCGAGAGCAUAGGCGCGUCUAUCAGGCAUGCGAGCCGUGUCGGCUCAAGAAGGUUCGCUGUGAACUGGGAUCUGUCGACCAACCCAAGAGAGGGCCUUGCGCGCGUUGUCGCAGAGAGAAUAGAGAUUGUUUCUUUGCUGCCACGCGGACCAGGAAGCUUACAUCCAGCUCAAUCUCGGGUCAGGAUCAUGAGCCUCGUCAUCCUCCUGGUGCAAAGCGACAGCGGACUGCAUAUCACGGAGAACAUGAGCUGACAUCGUCACUAUCCGAAGAGGGAUCUCCUCCCGCUUUCAUUGCUCCGUUAGAGGGUUCAACAGGGGAAGAAACCCAGGGCAGGCGUGCUGAAGCAGCGCUUCUGAAUGGACAUUCCCGAACCUGGCAUGACGCUCUCACAUUACUGGCGAGAGUCUGCGACGAAGAUGGGACGCAAAAAAGUGCCGUCGAGGUGCAGUCACUGUCUCCAGAAGAACAAGCACAUAUGAGACAGGCUGGACCUGCUGCUUUCCCCUUCAUUGGUAGCACCGUCUCUCAAGAUACCCAAGCUGCUUUGCGGGCCUGGUCGACGCUGCGAUUUGUGCGUGGCGGACUGUUCACGGCUGAAGAAGCCAUGGAUAUGGUAGACCAUUUCUACACUUACCAGGCACCCUUUUCUCCAGCUGCCCCAGAGUAUUAUGCGCAUCACAGCAAACAUCAUCUCCUCAUCGAGGAAGAGCCGAUCCUGACCAUAACAAUGUUGAUGAUUGGUUCCCGAUACCGAACAUGGACUGGGCCAGCGUCGAUAUCGAGGUCCCGCGUCAUUCACGACCGACUGUGGAGGUAUCUUCAGGGGAUGAUCUCGCGUCUCUUCUGGUUCGAGGACAAUUUUGUCGGGGAGUUCACCUCACUGAGAGAUCCGUCAAGUAGCAUGCAGAAAAGGGGACAAGACUCUGUGCGAUCCAUCCGGUUUCGCACGCUGGGCACUUGCGAAGCUCUGUUACUGGUUCUGGACUGGCAUCCAAGGGCCCUCCAUUUCCCUCCGAUUGAUGACGAUACCACUUCGAUUGUGAUUGCCGAACAACCAAGGUCGCGGAAUACUGGCACAUCGGGUGGGGAGUACGAGACAGGAGCAGGUCACCUCUGGCUGGCUCGCUCCGGGCACUUGUGUCGUUCGAUGCUCUCUACUGUCUCUAUGCUCGCCACUGAACUUGGAUUCUUCGACGGGAAAGAAGGGCCUUCGACAUACUACUCUGAGUACCGUGACUACUUGUACCGGGCUCCAUCGACUCGUCAGCGGGCGCAGUCGUUGCAGUAUUUGAUUUGGAUAUAUGCUACGCAGCAGCAGACGGGACCACCGAGCUGGAGAAUCAGCACACCCACACCAUCUGCACUCCAAAUCGAAACGCACUUGGACAAUACGACCGAAUGCUGGGUUCGAGUGGCGACAUUGGUGAAAAAAGCCGAUGAAGCACUCUUCAAGUCUCAGCGGUAUACCCAGAAGAUUAUCCGAAACGGACAGUAUCUCUCAAUCAUGCAGUCGUUCCAGCCGCUGCUGCAAGAGUUCAUCAUCAAGUUCAAUCACGCAAAAUUGUCUCGACAAAUGCGACUCAUCUUGUCGAUUGAAUUCAACUACAUUCAAUUGUGCAUCUUCAGUCUCAGCCUGCAGGCAAUGAUGCUGAUAAAAUGCCGAACUGGAGCCAAUGAAUCCCGAGUCGAUUACGAUUCUCUCCAUACUCCUUCUACCACAGACGAAGAGCACCUGCGCAGAACCGCCAGAGCAGCCCGAAGUAUCGUCUCGGUUGUGGUUGACGACCUUCUCCCUGACGGCGACGUCAAGCAUAUUCCUGUUCGCUCAUACUCUCGGAUCUUGGGAGCAGCUCUGGUUCUUCUACAGAUCUGCGCGUCAGAAAUGAAGCAUGUUCUCGACGUCUCUGCGACUUUUAGCCAGAUCAAAGAGCUUGGGACUGCUCUCGAGACCUGCGUGGUUGACGAUACACACCUCAGCGCUCGAUGGGGUGUCCUUUUGGCUGGGCUAACAGACAGUUUCCAGUCGCGGCUUUCUCAACAACAAAUCAUCCUUUCCGAUUCCCGGAGAGACGAACCCAAUCCAAACCGGACGGGAACCUCUGAGAUGCCCGAAGCUUCUGAAAUGUUGAGUCGGGCAUCGAACAUGAACGGCCGCACACAGCAUCAAAGUCACCCCGAUAUCGCGCCCGGGCUUCGUCCCAGCGCGGAGGGCAUAGGAACCACAUUACAAGCACCCAACUUUGACGUCUAUUCCAUGUGGUGGGAUAUCACGCGGCCGGUGGAUGCCAUGACGGCUGAGCAGAGUAUGCGGUAUGUUCCCAUCACUUCGGUGGAAACGGACAUGUCUCUACCAGAUGUGUCUUUGGGAAACGGACACGAUAGCUCGUUUAACUUUCCGACGAACUUGUUCUAG